AUGGUGAAUGAAGACCUUAAGCAGGAGGAGGGCGAUGGCAUUCACGCAGACCCCAGCGACUUGGGCGAUCCCAGCACGUCUGUUCAACCCAGCACCUCGGGCCACCCCAGUAUCUCCACUCACCCUAGCGUUUCAGCCCAUCCCAGUGUCGCCAUUCACCCCAGCGUCUCAGUCCACCCCAGCGUCUCGGCCUAUCCCAGUGCCUUGGCCCGUCCCAGUGUCUUGUCCCAUCCCAGUAGCUCUGGCCCUGAAGACCUCAGCGUGAUUAAGGUGAGCAAGCGUCGUUGGGCCGUGGUCUUGGUGUUCAGCUGCUACUCUAUGUGCAACGCCUUCCAAUGGAUCCAGUAUGGCUCCAUCAAUAACAUCUUCAUGAACUUCUACGGAGUCAGUGCCUUUGCCAUCGACUGGCUAUCCAUGUGCUACAUGCUGACCUAUAUCCCCUUGCUUCUGCCUGUGGCCUGGCUGCUGGAGAAAUUUGGCCUUCGUACCAUAGCCCUCACAGGCUCCGCUCUCAACUGCUUGGGCGCCUGGGUGAAGUUGGGCAGCCUGCAGCCGCAUCUCUUCCCGGUGACCGUGCUAGGCCAAGUCAUCUGCUCCGUGGCCCAGGUCUUCAUCCUGGGCAUGCCCUCCCGGCUGGCUUCGGUCUGGUUUGGGGCUAAUGAGGUUUCAACAGCCUGCUCAUUGGCCGUCUUUGGCAAUCAGCUUGGAAUUGCAAUUGGGUUCUUGGUCCCUCCUGUUCUGGUACCCAACAUCAAAGAUCAGGACAAGCUUGCUUACCACAUUAGCAUUAUGUUCUACAUAAUAGGAGGUGUGGCCACUCUGCUUCUCAUCCUUGUCAUCAUUGUAUUCAAGGAGAAGCCUAAGUAUCCCCCCAGCAGAGCCCAGUCCUUGAGUUAUGCCUUGGCCUCCACUGACGCUUCAUACUUAGACUCCAUCCUCCGGCUCUUCAAAAACCUCAACUUCGUGCUACUUGUCAUCACCUAUGGUCUGAAUGUCGGUGCAUUUUAUGCCUUGUCCACUCUCCUGAAUCGCAUGGUGAUCUUUCACUACCCGGGGCAAGAAGUCAAUGCUGGAAGAAUUGGCUUAACCAUCGUGCUUGCAGGGAUGCUUGGAGCUAUGAUCUCAGGUAUCUGGCUGGAUAAAUCCAAAACCUACAAGGAGACAACCUUGGUGGUAUAUAUCAUGACUCUGGUGGGAAUGGUGGUCUAUACCUUCACCUUGAACCUGGGACACCUGUGGAUAGUGUUCAUCACAGCCGGCAUGUUGGGCUUCUUUAUGACUGGCUAUCUCCCAUUGGGAUUUGAGUUUGCUGUGGAGUUGACAUACCCAGAAUCAGAAGGCAUGUCAUCUGGCCUCCUCAACGUGUCUGCCCAGAUAUUUGGGAUCAUAUUCACCAUCUCCCAAGGCCAGAUUAUCGACAACUAUGGAACCAUGCCAGGGAACAUCUUCCUAUGCGUGUUCCUCCUGCUUGGAGUAGCUCUUACUGCAUUCAUCAGGGCAGAUCUCCGGAGGCAGAAAGCAAACAAAGAAACACCUGAGAAUAAACCCCAGGAGGAGGAGGAGAGCAAUGCCAGCAAAGUGCCAGCCAUCGUAUCUGAAGAGCGUUUCUGA